AUGAAGUCGAUUGACAUUCCUCUAGUCGGCCUUCUCUUGCUCUUCAGCGUUCAGCUCAUGUGCUGCGGGGUGCUCCCGCUGCAAAACGCAGACUUAACCAGCGAGGACAUGGAUGUCUUAAAGCUUCUUCUACAGCGACUGGAAGAGUCCAUUCCCGCUGCUUCUCAAGAGCAAACACUGAGGAAAGUGAAGAAAGAGGAGGCUAAUCCUGAGGAAACCCGCGCUCAAACUCCACCCCAGACUGACAUGAGAGACUAUCUGUCUGCUCGGGACCUGAGGACGGUCCGGCAGGACUCCAAGAGUUACUCCGGGUGUUUCGGGCGCAAACUGGACAGAAUCGGCUCCAUGUCGUCUCUGGGAUGUAACACCGCCGGACGCUCAGGUUCUAAGAAGUGGUGA